AUGGCGACUGUAGCGAAAAAGGACAGAUACUCGGUUAUCCUGCCAACGUUCAACGAGCGGCAGAACCUGCCGAUCAUCACCUGGCUGCUGAACCGGAUGUUCACCGAGAGCAAGCUGGACUGGGAGCUCAUCAUCGUCGACGACGGCUCGCCCGACGGCACGGAGGAGGUGGCCAAGCAGCUGGUCAAGGCGUAUGCGCCGCAUAUCAUCCUCCAGACGCGCACCGGCAAGCUCGGGCUCGGCACAGCGUACGUGCACGGGCUGCAGUUUGCGACCGGCAACUUUAUCAUCAUCAUGGACGCGGACUUUUCGCACCACCCCAAGUUCAUCCCGCAGAUGAUUGCCAAGCAAAAGGCGGGCGACUACGACAUCGUCACCGGCACGCGCUACGCCCCCGGCGGCGGCGUCUACGGCUGGGACCUCAAGCGCAAGCUCACCAGCAAGGGCGCCAACAUCUUUGCCGACACGGUGCUCCGGCCGGGCGUCUCCGACCUGACCGGCUCUUUUCGGCUGUACAAGCGGGCCGUGCUGGAGAAGCUGUUUGAGAGCACCGACGUGCGCGGCUUCAGCAUGCAGAUGGCCCUCGCCGUCACCGCAAAGGCCCUCGGCUACACCAUCGCUGAGGUGCCCAUCACCUUUGUCGAUCGCGUCUACGGAAACUCCAAGAUGGGCGUCGGCGAGAUCGCCGAGUACGUUCUCGGCGUCGGCAGCCUCUGGCUCAAGGUGUGA